AUGGGUCUUCAAUCUUAUCUGGAACAACGGUUCUGUUGCUGGCAGCCAGUGGCUGCGGAGGUGGUGCAACGAAAUAAGGGUAGCAUUACGCUAAGAUGGAAGCAAGACACCUUCGACUUCUUAGCUGAAGACCUGCUGUAUAAGGUCCAGAGCAAGAAGAAGAUACCGCCGCCGUGGGUGUACGUUUACAGUGGUGGAAAAACAAUACAAAAAAUAGACAACCUGGCGCCGUGCUGUCAACACAAAUUCAGAAUUCAGGUGAUACUAAAGUCAGAAGCCGUUCCUUCACUCGCUGAAAAGGCCCUCACGCAUUACGGCAGCGAGGCGGCCGUUUAUGCAAACGUCCGAGGAGACCAGUUCACUCAGACGAAAACCUCAGCGGGCAGCGAUAAUGGAGAUAGUACUCAAAUCACAGAUGAUGAUAAAAAUGAUGAAUGUGAAAACGUUAUCAUUGAAAGUGUAAACAGAAUGCAAGAGAAUGAAAUUGAGAGAGUACUUCCAGUAGGAAUGAAAGUCAAUGACAAAAGGCGGUGGUUAGAGUCUCAGUGGUCAGAGGAGACCUGUACGAGCACAGAGUCAGACGGCACCUCCGCAACUUGCUUCUGCAUGGCAGUAAGGGGUGGAUAUCUCAAGCAGGACUCAGGCGGUGUAAUAUCUUGCGAUUUGUAUAAUCAGGUUCAAACACUGUUGGAAGAAAAACCAGCACUGAUCGGAAUAGUGAACUCUACAAAUGGGUUCACUCCUCUCGCGACUGCCGUUAGGCAAGGAGACCUAAACAUGGUGAAGUUAUUACUCUCAGCGGGGGCUGAAGUUGACCAACGGUCCUUCACAGGGCAAACACCAUUGCAUCUCGCCGUGCUCGGAGCGCACAGAGCUCUCGUGGAAGUGCUGCUCGAUAAAGGCGCUAACUUUCAGGCACGUGAUAUUAACGAGUUGCGCGUGGAGCAUUGCGCCGUAGACUCAGGUAAACUGAGCAUGGUGCGGUUGAUCCAUGAACGCGGAGGAGACGUGGCCGUACGGGACAACAAUGGCUGGACGCCACUUUUCAGGGCUA